UAUAUACAUCUGGCUGCAUCGCUGGUUAGAGGUUAAUUGAUGAUGUCUAUAUAUUGCUCACGUGAUGGUAACUCACUGACACAAGGAAACACAUUGAGAAAAUGGCCACCGCGAUGUAUCUCGAACAUUACCUCGACAGUCUUGAAUCUUUACCUAUAGAACUCCAAAGAAACUUCACUCUCAUGAGAGAUCUUGAUCAACGUGUACAAGACACAAUGAAAGAAAUUGAAAAAAUAGCUGAAAUAUUUUUGCGAAAUGUCAGGACUAUGAACAAAGAUCGUCGGCUUGCACAUUUAGAUUCCAUCAAUUUAAGAUACAAUAAAAGCCUUGGAUUUGGUGAUGAUAAGGUCCAACUAGCUAUGCAAACUUAUGAAAUGGUUGAUAAGCAUAUACGUAAAUUGGAUGCUGAUUUAGCGAGAUUUGAAGCAGAUUUGAAAGAAAAGAGCAUUACAAAACCAAAAGAAGGUCCAACUAUCAAAGUAAAAGAUAAAAAGAAGAGGAAAUCUCUGAAGACAGAAUAUGAAGAUGAGAUUCCUAAAAAGAAGAAAAAUAAGAAAUCCUCACUACAAAUUCAGCCUGAUAUGGAGAAUAGUUUGCCAUCAUUACCACUCUCUAUCACUCAUCCAUCAGAUGUUCUUGAUAUGCCUGUAGAUCCUAAUGAACCAACAUACUGUCUUUGUCAUCAAGUAUCAUAUGGUGAAAUGAUUGGCUGUGAUAAUCCUGAUUGCCCUAUAGAAUGGUUUCAUUUUGCUUGUGUUGGGCUUACAACAAAACCAAAAGGAAAAUGGUACUGUCCACGCUGUCAAGAGGAACGAAAGAAAAAAUGAAAAUAGAA